UUGAGACAUUUAAAAAGAUUUGCAGAAAUCGAUUUCCUUCCGGCACCUUCGACCGUUGGCGAAUUACGGAAAAAUGUGAAUACCGCAGUGGAUAUUAACGAAGAAGAAAAGAGAGAGCAGGUAAAUGAGGUUGUUCAUCAAAUGACAAAGAUUGCCAGAGAAGCGAUUUUGAUCAAACGGACACAGGAAAUUCUGAAGAAGUUCCGGACCCAAGACUUCAAUAAACUGGUUGAGGAAAUGCAUCAGGAGCGCGAGGAAGUGGAUCUCUCACGAACGGUAAAACGAUUGCUGCAACGAAACGAUGACGCCAAUCGCAUUAACGAAUACGGGUAUCGCUACAAACCAAAGAAUAUCUUCGAGCUCAAAUUGCCCGAAUCCUUUGUUUUUUAG